AUGGUAGUUGAUACUGAAUCCACAACAGCAACGGUCAAAACUCGUGCCGAUUUACAGAUUAUCAAUGAAGUGCGUACAACAUUUACCGGUACAUUUGAAAAAUAUGGCACGAAACGUGGUCGUGGUAAAAAAUGUUGUACCGUUUUAAUGUUAAAUAUUUGUGAAUUGAAAACGUUCAAGCCGAUGUGUGAUCAUUUGUGGUUCAAUCGAACAAAAGGGUUUGAACAACUUCAGUUGACGAAAGGACAACAAGUGCAGUUUAAUGCAAGAGUUAAAACCUAUCGAAAAGGAUCAAUCAAACGUGGUAUACCGAUAGUGUACGAUUAUAAGUUAAGUUAUCCAACAAAAUUUAAAAAAUUAUAA